AUGCGCCACCACUGCGUAACGCACAACGAGCUGCUGGCUCGCCACAUGGAGCGUACGUGGCCAGGGCGCUUCUCGGAGUUCUGCACCGCCGUGCGACGCUACCCGCUGCCGGUCACGAGCGGCGCGGCAGCCACGGUGCUGCAUGGCUGCUCCACAGACGCCGUGAGGGCGGUCGGCGCGUACUGCUGCGGCGUGCAGCAACGCUGCCAAGCACCCGAGUGCGCUGGCGCUGAGUUGGACUUGUUGUCGCCGCCGCCCAGCCCAUCGUGGGCUGAAGACCACGCGGUGGCAAUGCACUCGCCGUUCCGCUGCUUUAAGCUGCGGCGUCUGGAGAGCAGUGUGUCGCUGCCGCGGCCGCUGGGGAGGGGCGAGGGCACCGACAAACCGACCGGCGCCGAGGACGGCGAGUGUUUCCUUCUCACGCCGCCAGACUUGUCGCAUUCUCCCCGCAGGGAAAUUUGCGCGGGUUGUCCGUUGCCGCCCAUCACUCGCCGCGACGCCGACGCCCAGCUCACGGCGGAGAAGCUCAGCUUGAGGGAGCUGCGGUCGAGGUGCGCCUCACGCGGCCUCCUGACAACCGGCACAAAGAAUGUCCUCCUCACCCGGCUGCGUCAGCACGGUGUGUCGCAGCCGACGGGACCGGUGCCAUGGUCGGAGCGGGACGGCGAGGGGCAGGCAGAACAGCCGGUGGAGAGUGGGGAAUGUGGCGGUGCUCUGCCCGGGCGAUUCAUGUCGACGCACGAGGAGCAGCUCGAACACUCGCAGCGGCUGCGAACACCGUUCCGAUCGCCAUCUACCAGCCGCCCGUCGUCACCGCGCCCAAGAGAUCAGCCACGGAUACGCAGGCUCGUGGGCACCCCACAAGAGUUUGUUGCUGCGCCAAGACAGGAAGCGAAGCGCGAGGAUCGCGUUGGUGGGUCCUUGGCACACGUUGCUUCAGAGGAAAAGGUCUCGCGAUACCAAUGGCGAAUUCUUGUUGACAACCGAGAGCGCAUCCACGGUGCCCAUGGGCGCGUGAUAGAAGCCUUCACGACGGCUGGUGUUCCCACUGCAUCCUGCACGCUUCCAUGUGGUGACUUCAUGAUUGGGAUCGACAUGCCCGGUGACAGCUGUGGGAGCCACGCCAGUCCCCCAACUGCGAGGGAACUGGACAGUCUUGGCGCCACCCACUCCGUCCCAGCUGCGGGUGAGUGUGGGGAUGCUCCUGCGCAAAGACUCUUUUCUGUUGUUGUGGAACGCAAGACAGUAAAGGACCUCUGUGCAAGCAUUGCGACGUCCCGCUACUACGAGCAACGGCGGCUACUUUCUGUCUCGCCGUUUCGGUCGGUGGUGUGGGUGGUGGAGGGAACCACCGAACUGCUGCGCCCCGAUGAACGGCGUCGUGUCUUUUCGGCUUGCGCUUCGCUUGCCGCGGUGCCACGCUUCCGUGUCAUCCGCACGCGCCACCUGAAGGACACCGUCUCUUGGUUGCGCUCCCUUGGAGUUGCCCACGUCACGGCGCUGGCAAAUGCCGCGCGGAGUGGCGCACGACCACCACAGCUGGCCGACUGUGCGACCUGCCUCAACGUGACCGCGAGGAUAAAGCGAGCACUCCGCGCGCGCACCACCUUUGCCCGCAUGCUUAUUUGUGUUCGUGGAUGCUCGUCCGGGUUUGCGACACAGCUUGCGUGCAAGUAUGGUUCCUUCCUGCAGUUGUGGAGGCGCUUGAGGUGUUGUGGCCGCGAGGCAUGCGACGCGGACAUGGACGUGCGCCGCCUGAGCAGCACGCAGAGGGAUGUGUACGUGCGGCUGACGGAGUUUCUCCUUGCGGAGGAGUAUUGUUGA